UCUUCCAGAAUCUCUCUUGUGAUUUCUGUGUUGUUAUUCUUUGAUUCAGUUCCUCCAUUGGGUUUUAAUCGAAACCAGAUUUGGUUUUCUUAUAGAACAGAGUGGGAAUCAGAGGUUGAUUGGUUUGAGAAUUUAAGAAAAUGACGAAACAAAAAGUGGUGGUCGGAGAACCGAAAUCCGGUAUGGAUAUGGCGAUGGCGGUUGUGCCAAAGGCGUUGUUCACGACGGAGGUAAAGAAACCUCCUUUGAUGCCAGGGGGGUAUAUCACCAUAUCGAAGAAGAAGCUACUUCACGACCUGGAAAUCAACGGUGGGACGAGAAUUAACGCUUGGGUGGAAUCGAUGAGAGCUUCUUCUCCGACGUCUCAUCGGAAAUCCACUCAAGAUCAAACCAGUUGGAUGGAUCGACAUCCUUCUGCCUUGAACGUGUUCGACGAAAUUACCAAUGCUUCAAAAGGGAAGCAAAUAGUGAUGUUCCUCGACUACGAUGGCACACUUUCCCCAAUCGUCGACGACCCUGAUCGUGCUUACAUGUCCGAUGCGAUGCGAGCCACCGUUAGAAAACUCGCCGGAUGCUUUCCGACGGCCAUCGUCAGUGGAAGAUGCAGAGAUAAGGUGUAUAACUUUGUGAAAUUAGCAGAGCUGUAUUACGCCGGAAGCCAUGGGAUGGACAUCAAAGGUCCGUCGAAGGGCUCCAAGUACAAGAAAAGUCCCCCAAGUGUUCUUUGCCAACCUGCAAGUGAAUUUCUACCCAUGAUAGAUGAGGUUUAUGGGUUACUGAUGGAGAAGACAAAAUCAACUCCAGGGGCAAAAGUGGAAAACAAUAAAUUUUGUUUGUCUGUGCAUUUCCGAUGUGUUGAUGAAAAGAAAUGGAGUGAACUGGCUGCCCAAGUGAGAUCAGUGGUCAAAGACUACCCAAAGCUUAGAUUAACUCAAGGAAGGAAGGUAUUGGAGAUCCGUCCCACCAUUAAAUGGGACAAAGGCAAGGCUCUCGAAUUCUUGUUGGAGUCACUGGGUUACGCCAACUGUACCGACGUGUUCCCUAUUUACAUCGGUGACGAUCGAACGGACGAAGAUGCUUUUAAGGUACUAAGAAAAAGGGGACAAGGCUUUGGCAUUCUUGUGUCCAAAAUUCCCAAGGAUACAAGUGCAUCUUAUUCUUUGCAGGAACCAUCUGAGGUGAUGGAAUUUUUACAACGACUGGUUGAUUGGAAAAGGUGUUCGUUGUUGAUGAGACGGCGAUUUUAAACACGAGAAGCGGUAAAGGACCGAAUUUAUGUACCGGAAAGUAGAAUGAAUGAUGAUAUGUAUGCUUAUAUAUGGUGUAUGUAUAUAAUAAGUAUGUAAUGAAAUGAAUGCAUAUAAGUAAUAUGUUAAUGGUGUCCAUGCAAACAAAAUGGACAGACGGAUAAAGAAAUAGGUGCAGCUUUUGGUUAUGGCUUUUUUGCUCCUUGGCAUUUGUACAUCUUGCAACACCCUCUGCAACAAGGGAACAUAAAUUUGUAUUUUGCAAGGUAUCUAAUUAAUGAAUAGAAGGGUUUUUUCUCUUUC